UUAACUGCUAGUCGUACGUUAGAGGGGCACGUGGUCGGCGUCUAAAUAUCAAAGUAUAUCGUUGUGCCGGUGAUAGCCGAGGUCCUCUCAUCAGUCCAUGGCCGAUACUCGUAUAAACUUCUGUGGACGGUAUACAACUCCAGACACGUUUCUGCCGGUUCGCCUCGUUCACCUGUACCUACCGCAGAUAAGACGCUGACUUCAAAGCGAAAUUAAUUAGUCCGUUGGCUUUUUUAUAUACUAUAAAAUUAUUUAAAAAAAAAAAAACACAGUUAAUUAUGACGUUAUUCGGGUCGCCUUUGGUGUUCGGUUGUUUUCUGUUGAUUUGCAACAGUCUCGUCCAGACGUUCGACUUCGACAAAUGCAACUCCAAACACUUCACCGCCGACCAGACUGACUUUGCCGAGUGCAAAAAUGCCAGCCAAUCGUCAACCCGACAUUUCGCUUACGGCGAAACGGGGCUGUUGAAUGAAAAAAACGUCUCGGUCCUCAUGCAGACCACCAUUGACCGACACACCAAUAGACAAAAGACAAAAGCCGAGUUGCACUCGAGUACAGUGCAAAAAUUCAUGUUCUCCAAUCCACCUGUGGCUCUAUUAAACAGUACCAACGAGUUAUGCAAGAAGCACAGCCACAUCUAUUUGAGCGAACUCGAAAAGUUGACAUUGUGGGCUUUAAAAAUGUACGAUUCGACGGCCAAAAUACCGUCAGGCAUUCUAAACGGAAACAUCAAUCAGUUUGGAGACUUCGACCAGUGUUUGAACGCCAACGACCAAAAGUUAGGCAUUCAAGGACAGUACUGUUUGACGUACGUGGAGAUGAACGUGAUAGCCGAAAACAACGAAAAACUGAAGACUAUUUUGAAGUUGAUGCACUCACAUUCAGCUUUUCGCAGUCGGUUGGAAGAUCCGGGCCAUCGAGUCCCUAGAUUUUCCACUAUCAACUGGGCCAUCUGCACGCCUGCCAGUUGUUCACCAUCUGAAAUUGAACGAGAAAUGCAUUCCAUAUUGUCCAAGUACGUGGACACCAAUGAAAUCAGAUUACGUCUCAAGGUGGAUCCUGAGAUGUGUCAGACCCUAAGGAAGUCUUUCGUUCCCACGAUGGGAUCUCUAAUGGCCAUAUCAGCGUUUGGUGUAUUGUUCGCCAUCAUAAUAUUGUCUUCGGCGUUAGACGUUUAUACGAUAACGUUUUUAAAUUCCAAAAGUAAUUUAUCAAAGCUGCUGUAUUGUUUUUCACUGAAAAGAAAUUUAAAUCAACUGUUCAGCUUGACAGAAUCGCCGGACGCUAUACAGUCAAUACACGGCAUAAGGGCCUUGAACGCUUUCAUGCUGUUGGCGUCGCACAAGUCUAUGGCUAUGUUCUUCAACCCCUACUCCAACAGAACUUACAUGACUGAGUAUCUAGGCAAACCAUGGACGGUCAUAGCACGAGCAGCAAGUCUGUACACGGAUCCGUUUAUAUUCAUGAGCGGAAUACUGACGUCCAUUACGUUUUUAAGGCAUUUAGACCGAAAAGGAAAAAUCGAUUUGACCACCGAAUUCCUAUCCAGAUAUAUAAGGUUGGUGCCGACGAUGGGAGCCAUCAUAUUGUUUUGUACUUUGAUACUGCCUAACUUGGGUUCUGGACCUCAGUGGAAUCUCGUGGUAAAACAGCAUGCUGACAUUUGUCAACAACACUGGUGGAAAAAUUUCUUGUUCAUCCACAACUACUUCGGUUUUAAGAACGUGUGUUUGUCGCACACGCAUCACAUUGCUAUCGAUUCGCAACUGUUCGCCAUCUCUCCCCUGUUGGUGUGGGCCUUAUGGAAAUGGCCGAGGAAGUGCACUGUUGUGUUGCUGACGUUGGCUACAGCAUCUACUGGACUCCGUUACUACGAGACUCUUACGAGGAAACUCAACUUGUUCAUCAACUACGGUAGCUCAGUCUCCCAAAUGUACGACACGGCAGACUACUCGUACAUAUUACCCACCCAUCGGCUCACGGUGUACAUAAUGGGCUUACUUCUCGGUAACUUCCUGAGGUGUUCCGGCAGAAGCUAUCAAAUAAAAAAUGUAAACUUGAAAUUGGGCUGGAUUGUCGCAGUCGGUUUCUUUUACCAAGCAUUCAUUCAACCGUCCAAGAUGGGAGACAUGAACUACGUUUAUAACGCCGGAGACGCCGCCAACUACGCCGCUUUCGCACCUAUUUGUUGGUGUAUAUUUUUCGGUUGGAUCAUCUUCGUCUCGCACACCGGUAACGGAGGAAUUGUGUCGUCGCUGUUCUCUUGGAAAGGAUUCAUCGUCUGCACUCGAUUGUCUUACACUUUCUACCUGACUCAGUUUCCCGUAUUCUUCUACAACGUGGGUAGACACCGAACGCCGCUCGAGUACAGUUUCGGAUUGACGGUCGACCUCCAAGAACUGGUGACAAUCGUUUUCGUGUCCAUCUUACUCACGGUGGCUGUCGAGAUGCCGUUCAACAACAUUAAGACUGCGUUCGUUAAGAAAACGUAAAACCAAGUGCUCUCGCAAACGCACAACAUAUUAUUUAAAUUCUAUUGUUUUGUAAAUAUUUACCUCGUUAAGGAGCCUUAAUUUUAGUAAUCACAGUCAGUGCACCAUAUAUUAUACCGCUGUGCUGUAAGAAAAUGGUUUUGAUUUUUUUGUCAAACACCUCAAUGCGGAUACAGCGGUGUUUUUUAAUUUUAUAUACCUAUUUAUUAGAUACCUACGAUUAUCAUUAACAGUUGUUAAUAAUAAUAAAUAUAAUUGUUGUAAUAAACAAUGCGAUAGUUCGUAGCUUGUUUUCGCAGAAAAUUCGCAAUAGAAUAAUCUAGUAUCGUCAUAACUAUUAUUUAUCAAACAAACCAAAGCGAAUCUAAUGUGGCAUGACUCUGUUUUUGUUAAAAAUCUAAUAAUUAAUUUUAAGUAACGCGUUUGUGAUAUUUUAUUUCACAAACAAGGAAACGACUUCAAAAUCAACGUGUACAGUAUUGAGUAAAUUAUUUUAUUUAAUAUUUAUAUACUAUUUUGAAACCCCGUUAUAAGGGUUUGUUAAAAAAUCGUAAUUAAAUUAUUUUAUUUACCAUACUUCGGAUUAUUGCCCACAUGAUAUUAUCUAUACCUAAUUAUUG